CUUUCUCCUCAACAAACAAGCUCACUGUAAAGAGAAAAUCAUAUUAAAAAAAUCACAAAAAACUAAAAAUCCCUAGUUCGUAAAAUCCAUCAUCACAAUGUCUGGUGUGUGGGUGUUCAACAAGAACGGAGUGAUGAGGCUGGUUGAGAAUCCUUACAACCAAUCCGCAGGAGAUUCCUCAGAGUCUUCCUCCUCCAGUGGUAGCCAGCAGAGGCUGAGAAGGAAGAUCCUUGUCCAUCUUCCGACCAACGAGGUUGUAUGUUCGUACGGAUCGCUUGAGAGGAUCUUGAAGGGUCUCGGAUGGGAGAGGUACUACAAUGAAGACAACGUGGAUCAUCUCCUCCAGUUCCACAAGAGAACAUCGAUCGAUCUCAUAUCCCUCCCCCGCGACUUCUCAAAGUUUAACUCUAUCAAUAUGUAUGAUAUCGUGGUCAAGAACCCUAACGUCUUCCAUGUCCGAGACAUGUAGUAGGCCAUCAUCAAAAUUAAAAACUGGGGGCAAUUUGAUUCUUCAAAAUCACCCUCUCUCACAUAUCUAUCAUGUAUAUAGUUGCAUGUUUGCGUUGUUUUAUUUUCUGUUGGGUUUUUUUUUUGUGUGUUUGUGUUGGUCGAUUUGGAGUUCUCUCAAGCUAAACUCAUUUAAUAACUUGUAUCAUUUUGUGGUUUUGAUGAACUUCGUAUCAAGA